AUGGCCCACGCUGCCACCCUCCCCGACCUCCUCCGCACCCGCGCCCGCGCGUCCACCAACUACAUCGGCUUCCUCGCACCCGGCGACGCGCCCUCGACCACCCUCUCCUACGCCGACCUCUUCGCGCGUGCCGAGCGCUAUGCUCGUGGCCUGCUCGCCUCCGGCCUCCAGCCGCAUGCCUCCGACGUCGUGCUCGGUGUCUUCGAGGACCACGAGAGCUACGUCCUCCUCUUCUGGGGCUGCUGUCUCGCUGGCAUCCCAUUCUGCCCGCUCGCUGCGCUGCACCCGGAUCCCAAGCGCCAGGCGGACCUUUUCGCGCAUCUCCAGUCGCUCUUUGACGGCCCGCUGCUCGUCACCUCGCCCGCCCUCGCGGAGACGGUGAACGCGCUCGCACCGACGCUUAAAAUCAGCACCCUCGCCCAGCUCGACGCGAGCGAGGACGCCGCACCGCUCCCCGCGAGCUCGCCUUCGGCCGAGGAGCCCGUCUGCUACGUCCUGACGUCAGGCUCGACGGGCAAGCCCAAGGCCGUCUCCCUCAGGCACUCGCAGAUCCUCGCCGCCUGCGCCGGCAAGAGCGCGCACCACGGCACCUCCGCCUCCUCGCGGUUCCUCAACUGGAUCGCGUUCGACCACGUCGCGUCCAUCACCGAGAUCCACGUGCAUGCCCUCCUCGUCGACGCCGUGCAGUAUCACAUCUCGCCGACGGCCAUCAUCGUCGACCCCAAGUCGCUCCUCGACCUCUGCUCCAAGCUCGAGAUCACCUACUCCUUCGCGCCCAACUUCCUCAUGGCCCGCAUCCUCAAGGACGACGCGAUCGCGCCCCUACCGCCGUCGCUCGACCUGUCGCGUCUGUCGGCGUUUAUCUCCGGUGGCGAGUCCGUCCCGAUGCCUGUUGGCGUCGCGUUCGCGGAUUUGCUCGAGCGCUUUGGAGCCAAGCGGAACGUCCUCCGCGCCGGCUUUGGCAUGAGCGAGACCUGCGCCGGCUCUAUCUACGACACGACGGAUAUCCCGCGCACGGUCGACCCUGCAGGCCCCGCCUACCUCAACCUUGGCACCUGCGUCCCGGGCAUGUCGAUGCGCGUCGUCUCCGCCACCGGCGGGCUUUGCGCUCCUGGCGAACCCGGCCAGCUGCACGUAUCCGGCGCCAACGUCUUCACGCACUACGUUCGCAACCCCUCCGCGACUUCCGAGGCGUUCACUCCGGACGGCUGGUUCGUCACUGGCGACCUUGGCUACCUCGACGUCUCGGGCCACCUGCACAUGCUCGGCCGCGACAAGGAACUCGUCAACAUCAACGGCGCCAAGGUGUCUUCCAAAGACGUCGAGACUUACCUCGAUGACGCGAACCUGCCCGGCGGCGCGCCCGACAACCUGACCGCCGCGCCCGUGCGCAUCCCCGGCGCGGACACCGAGACCUACCUCAUCUUCUACAAGCGCGACCUGGCCGCGGACGAGGACCUGUCCCCGAUACGCGCUCUGAACGACGCGAUCCGCGACGCGUGCACGGUGCUCAUCUCCGCCGCGCCGCACGCGGUGCUCCCGCUCCCGUCCUCGAGCUUCGUCGCCACCGCGCUCGGCAAGGUCUCCCGCGCGCAGCUCGCCAACGCCUACCUCCGCGGUGACUACGCCGCGAUCGAGGAUAAGUUCAAGGCGGCGGCCGAGGCCGGCGAGGCGCUCGACCUGACGGACCCGAUCCAGGUGCUCGUGCGCGACGCGGUCGUGGACGUGCUCGAGCUCUCCCCCGGCGAGAUCACGCACGCGACGAACCUGUUCGACACCGGCGCGAGCUCGAUGCACCUCAUGCGGCUCAAGAAGGUCGUCGAAGAGCGGAUGGAGAUGCACGAGAUCCCGACGAUCGAGCUCCUCCGCCGGCCGCGCGUCGGCGCGCUCUGCGCCUUCCUCGCCUCGCUCCGCGACGAGCGCGCGGCCCACCCGCGCGAGGCGCACGUCUACCAGCCGCUCGUCUGCCUCGAGGCACAGGGCUCGAAGCCGCCGGUGUUCCUGAUCCACCCCGGCGUGGGCGAGAUCCUCGUGUUCCUCAACAUGGCGCACCGGCUUCAGGACGACCGCCCGGUGUACGCGAUCCGCGCCAAGGGCUUCGACUACGACGACCAGCCGUUCAAGACGCUGGACGAGACCGUCGCCGUGUACGCGGACGCGAUCGAGAAGGCGUACCCGGCGGGCCCUUACUACGUCGCGGGCUACAGCUACGGCGGCGCGAUCGCGUUCCGGAUCGCGCAGCGGCUCGAGGCGAAGGGCAAGAAGGUGGAAUGGCUCGGUAUCCUCAAUCUGCCGCCGCACAUCCAGUUCCGGAUGCACGAGCUGUCGUGGACGGAGGUGCUGUUCAACGUCGCGAUGUUCCUCUCCCUCUUCCCGCCGCAGGCCAUCCCGGCGACGAAGGCCGAGUUCCGGACGGCGUUCCCGGGGAUCGCCGGGGGAGACGCCGAGCCGUCGGACCCGCUGUCUCCGAUCACGUGGCUGCUGUCGCGCGCGGACCAGGCCCGGCUGGCGGAGCUCGAUCUGCAAUUAGGGGCGUUCACGCGGUGGAUCAAGGUCGCUUACGAAAUCAACCGGACGGGACGCGAGUUCCUGCCAUCAGGCAAGGUCGCGGGGGCCCUGACGACCGUGUUCUGCGCGGUCCCGCUCGAGAGCAUGGGCACCCGCGAGGAGUAUAAGAACGACAGGCUAUCGCAGUGGGUCGACUUCACCGGCCCCCACUUUGAGCUCAUCGACGUCGACGGCGAACACUACACCAUGCUUUCCAAGGAGAACUCUGCCAGCUUUGCCGACAAGAUGCGCGACGCGAUGCACCGCGCCGAGGACGUCGCGAGCAAGCCUGCUGCUGCUCCCGUCAUCGCCGAGAAGAAAAACUUUGACGAGGUGCCCGUGAUCGACUUUUCGCUCGCCGAGAGCGAUCCCGCCAAGUACUACGAGCAGCUCCGCUUCGCGCUCGAGGACGUUGGCUUUCUGGUGUUCUCAAACAUCCCCGGCUUCGAGCACGAGUUCCAGACCGAGGUGUUCGACGUCGCCCGCAAGGUGAUGAGCAAGCCCCAGGAAUGGAAGGACUCGCUCAGCACGGCCAACUCGUACUCGCUGCGCGGCUACUUCCGCGCCGACUCGCUCCCCGGCGUCCACAAGGCGUACGCGGAGGCAUACCGAUUCGGUGCCGACUUGCCCGCUCCUGGCGAGGAAGCCCCGUUCUGGCUCAAGCUCCACGAAGGCCCGAACCAGUGGCCCAAGGAGGAAGACGUGCCCCACUUCCGCGAGCGGAUGAACGCCCUCUUCGACCGCUACCACAAGCUCAACAUGGACCUCAACCGGCACAUCUGCAACCUCCUCGGCCUGCACGAGACCGGCCUCGACGAGUUCUUCCCCGCGCCGACGCCCGAGUUCAACUCCGCCAUCUGGCACUACUUUGCCUGCACCCCCGAGAUCCUCGCCGACGCCAAGGCCAAGGACGGCUUCGUCCAGGGCAUGCACGAGCACCGUGACCCCUCGACGUUCGUCACUUGCCUCAUCCAGUCCCGCCCCGGCCUCCAGGUCCAGAACCACCAGGGCGCCUGGAUCGACGUCCCCAUGGUCAAGGGCGGCGUCGUCUGCAACAUCGGCAUGCAGCUCAUGAAGCUCACCGGCGGCAAGCUCGUCGCCACCACCCACCGCGUCAACACGCUCAAGAUCGACGAGGACCGGUUCACGAUCCCCUACGUGCUCUCCACCAAGCUCGAGAAGGAGAUCGUGCCCCUCCCCCAGUUCGCCAACCCGGAGGCGGCCAAGGCCCACAUCGUCACCAACCAGAAGAUCAUCGCGCUCCAGGGCAUCAAGGACCCGCUCCUCCGCAGCGGCUACGCCCGCCUCAGCCUCAUGCCCGCCGCCGCUUCGCGCCUCUACCCCAAGGAGUUUGAGGAGGCCCACCAGCUCGGCAUCGUCUAGACGUCCCGCCCAUCCUUAAACGUCCACGGUGGCGUUGUAUCUAUUCCAAAUCUACCAUGUUGUCUUGUAUGCUCGGAAAUUGCUGUAUCCUAUUAGAGUGCUUGUACAUAUACGCUGUAUAACGGAUCUUGCUACUGAAAUCAAUUGGGUUACGUGAUUCA